AUGGGCAAAAAGGCUGCAACAAGUGACGUCAUUAAUGGACUAAUUAGUGCGCUUGGAGACAGCAAUUAUAAUGUUAGGUGGAAUGCAUGUCAAGCUCUGGGUCAGAUGGGUGAAAAGGCAGUAACAAGUGACGUCAUUAAUCGACUAAUUUGUGCACUUGGAGACAGCAAUGAUCAUGUCAGGUGGAGUGCAUCUCAAGCUCUGGGUAACAUGGGCAAAAAGGCAGCAACAAGUGACGUUAUUAAUGGACUAAUUAGGUCGCUUGGAGACAGCAAUUAUAAUGUUAGGUUUAAUGCAUGUCAAGCUCUGGGUCAGAUGGGUGAAAAGGCAGCAACAAGUGAGGUCAUUAAUCGACUAAUUAGUGCACUUGUAGACAGCAAUGAUCAUGUCAGGUGGAGUGCAUCUCAAGCUCUGGGUCAGAUGGGUGAGAAGGCAGCAACAAGUGUGGCCAUUAAUCGACUAAUUAGUGCGCUUGGAGACAGCAAUGAUUCUGUCAGGUGGGGUGCAUGUCAAGCUCUGGGUCAGAUGGGUGAAAAGGCGGCAACAAAUGAGGUCAUUACUGGACUAAUUAGUGCACUUCGGGAUAGUGAUGAAUACGUCAGGUCGAAUGCGUAUGAAGCCCUGGGUCAGAUGGGUGAAAAUGCAGCAACAAGUGUCGCCAUUAAUCGACUAAUUAGUGCACUUGGAGACAGCAAUGAUUCUGUCAGGUGGGAUGCAUGUCAAGCUCUGGGUCAGAUGGGUGAAAAGGCAGCAACAAAUGAGGUCAUUACUGGACUAAUUAGUGCACUUGGGGAUAGUGAUGAAUAUGUCAGGUCGGCUGCAUAUGAAGCCCUGGGUCAGAUGGGUGAAAAGGCAGCAACAAGUGUGACCAUUAAUCGACUGAUUAGUACACUUGGGGACAGCAAUGAUUCUGUCAGAUGGGGUGCAUGUGAGGCCGUGGGCAAAUUGGGUGAAAAGGCAGCAACUCCACAGGUGAUCGAUGCACUUAUUGGUGCACUUCAAAAUCGAGAUGUGAAGACAAGACAGAAGGCAUGCGAAGCGCUUCUUAGAAUGGGAGAGAAAGCGGCAACUGAUUACACUAUCAACGCACUUGUUGCGGUACUGAUGAAUCGAAAUCGGCACGUCAGUCGAAGUGCAUGUCAGGUUCCUGGAGCGAUUGGUGAAAAAGCUGAUACUGAUGAGAUGAUGACCCAGGUGCUUCCUGUGCUCAAUGUACAACCUGAUGAUAUUGUGAAAUUUCGUUUAAAUGAAGAUGAUCAAGCAACUAAACAUGUCCCCUUGGGUACCAAUCUGAGUAAAUCACUUGUUUGUUUGUUAAAUAUAACACCUCAAUAUUGUACUUCAUGUAGCUUCUGGAGCAUGGUUGGAUACAGCUGA